AACAGCUGCCAUGUGUUAAAUAACAGCUGUUGAUUGGCUAAAAGGUCCAAAAAAACGGCAAACGCUUGAAUCAGCGGAAAACCUUUGGACUUUCUGUGAUUUUGUAGCCGAGCUCCUUUAAAUAUCUAAUUACCCAAAAUGUUCGCCAGCAACACGCGUAAUUUGAUGCGCAGCAGCCUCCUGCAGCGAUGCAAGAGCACUUUGGUGGUAGCCGAACAUAAUAAUGAGGCUCUUAAUCCGAUCACCUUGAACACUAUAUCCGCGGCAAAGAAGAUCGGUGGUGACGUCACAGUUCUGGUGGCAGGCACAAAAUGCGGUCCCGCUUCUGAGGCCCUUUCCAAAGUAGAAGGCGUGAGCAAAGUCCUGGUGGCCGAGAAUGCUGCUUUCAACGGUUUCACGGCGGAAUCACUGACUCCUUUGGUCUUGGCCGCACAAUCUCAAUUCAAGUUCACCCACAUCCUGGCCGGAGCUUCGGCUUUUGGCAAGAAUGUACUGCCGCGCGUGGCUGCCAAAUUGGAUGUGUCGCCCAUAUCCGAAAUCAUUGAUGUCAAAUCGGAGGACACUUUUGUGCGUACCAUCUACGCCGGAAAUGCCAUCCUUACCCUGAAAUCCAAGGAUGCUGUCAAGGUGAUCACUGUGAGGAGCACAAACUUCCCACCUGCAGCCACCAGCGGAGGAAGUGGAGCUGUGGAGCAGGCUCCAGCUGGAGAGUACGCUAGCAGCCUGUCUGAAUUCGUUUCCCAGGAACUGACCAAAUCCGAUCGUCCAGAGCUGGCCGGAGCCAAGGUUAUCGUUUCGGGAGGAAGGGGAUUGAAGUCCGGAGAUAACUUCAAGCUGUUGUACGAUCUGGCCGAUAAGUUUGGAGCUGCUGUUGGUGCUUCUCGUGCUGCUGUGGAUGCUGGCUUUGUGCCUAAUGAUCUGCAGAUCGGUCAAACCGGAAAGAUUGUGGCUCCUGAGCUGUACAUCGCUGUUGGCAUCUCCGGUGCCAUCCAGCACUUGGCUGGCAUGAAGGACUCCAAGACAAUUGUUGCGAUCAACAAGGAUCCCGAGGCUCCCAUCUUCCAGGUCGCCGAUAUUGGAAUCGUUGCUGAUCUUUUCAAGGCUGUGCCCGAACUAACUGGAAAGUUGUAAGGCGAGAUUGUCAAGUGUUGUAGUAUAAAGAUUAUGUACCAUUGAAUUGAUAACAGUUGCAUUUAUUUGAAUUUCUAAACGAGUCCAUGGAAGAUUUUCCUCUCAAAUUUUGUAAUAAAAACAAACCGAAGACCUAUUCUAUGUGAA